GGAAUCAUCCUUUGUGGUUUUCUGCCGGGCGCCAUUUUGAUUGAAGUAAUGUGAAAGGGGCUCGUGAGCGACACUUUGUUAGAUAUUUUUCUCAAUUUAAACUAAUUUCUGUUUGAAUCGACUGACGUUUGAACGACAUUAAGUCAUUUAGGUAGACCGAAAAUGGCGACGGGCGCAAACGCAACUCCUUUAGGGAAGUUGCACCCCAGUAUUGGCGCUAAACGAGGGUUUGACGCUGGGCCUGGUGCGGGCAACGGCUUGAUGCCUACACCGGGACCGCCUGCAUCCUUUCCCUCGCUGCAAGGUUUCCAGCCCGCCAUGCCAACCGCAUCUUUUCCGUCACAUCAGUUCAAUCCAGCGACGAAUUUUUCCACCCAGGUUCAACAACCUGCUGCGGGGGGCGGACUGGCCAAACCAGUAGAUUUUGGUCAGAAGAAACAAAGGAAGAAGAGUCGCUGGAGCAGCGAGACGCCUGAUCAGAAGACCGUCAUACCGGGCAUGCCCACUGUCAUUCCCCCUGGACUGACCCGGGAUCAGGAGCGAGCUUAUAUAGUCCAACUGCAGAUUGAAGACCUGACUCGUAAACUGCGUACAGGAGACCUGGGAAUCCCUGUUAACCCUGAGGACAGGUCUCCCUCUCCAGAGCCCAUCUACAACAGCGAGGGCAAGAGGCUAAACACCCGUGAGUAUCGCACGCGGAAGAAGAUUGAGGAGGAGCGUCACUCCCUCAUCACCGAGAUGGUUGGACUCAACCCUGACUUCAAGCCUCCUGCAGACUAUAAACCUCCAGCCACCAGAGUCAAUGACAAAGUCAUGAUCCCUCAAGAUGAAUACCCUGAAAUUAACUUUGUUGGUCUGCUAAUUGGACCUCGUGGUAACACACUGAAGAACAUUGAGAAGGAGUGCUGUGCCAAGAUCAUGAUCCGGGGUAAAGGUUCUGUGAAAGAGGGGAAGGUGGGCCGAAAGGAUGGACAGAUGCUGCCAGGGGAAGAUGAGCCUCUGCACGCCCUGGUCACCGCCAACACGAUGGAGAACGUUAAGAAAGCUGUGGAGCAGAUCCGCAACAUUCUGAAGCAAGGCAUUGAGACACCUGAGGAUCAGAAUGACCUACGGAAGAUGCAGCUGAGGGAGCUGGCCAGACUUAACGGCACACUAAGGGAAGACGACAACAGGAUCCUUCGUCCUUGGCAGAACGCUGAGCCACGCAGCAUCACCAAUACCACCCUCUGUACCAAGUGUGGUGGGGCAGGCCACAUCUCCUCUGACUGCAAGUACACCAGCUCCUUUGCUGCCCACAGAGCGACAGGAGGCGAGCCUCCUCAGUCUGCACAGGACAAGGCUCGUAUGGACAAGGAGUAUCUGUCCCUCAUGGCUGAGCUCGGGGAGGCUCCGGUCCCCACCUCUGGUGGACACACCAGCACUCAGGGAGGAGCGCCUCGGACCGCAGGACCCAACAGCAACAACCAGCCACCGCCGAACCGGCCUCCGUGGAUGAGCUCUGGUCCCACCGAGAACAGAAACUUCCAUGGCAUGCAUGGAGGGCCCGGUGGCCAUGGAGGACCCCACAACUUCCCUCCACCCAUGCCCAACAUGGGAGGCCCCCCUAUGCCCCCCAACCCCAACGGCUUGCCUCCCCCCUGGAUGCAGCCCCCUCCUCCUCCCAUGGGUCAGGGUCCAGGACCUCACGGACACCCCAUGGGUCUGCUGCCACCUCCAAUGGGCAUGAUGCCGCCCCCGCCUCCUCCCCCCAGCAACCAGCCACCUCCUCCCCCUUCUGGACCUCUGCCACCAUGGCAACAGCAGGCUCCACCUCCCCCUCCAACCAGCAGCAUGGCAACCAGUACACCACUACCUUGGCAACAGAAUACCACCACCACGUCCAGUCCUGGCACCGGCACCCUGCCUCCAUGGCAACAGCCCCAGCAGCCUGCAGCUUCCGGAGCCCAACCCCCACCGCCCAUGGGUACUCCAUCUAUGGUGCCGCCUCCCCCCGGUGUCCAGCCCCCGUUGCCCCCAGGCGCACCCCCACCUCCCCCUCCACCACCUCCAGGCUCCACUGGCAUGAUGUAUGCCCCACCGCCACCCCCGCCACCUAUGGACCCUUCCAACUUUGUCACCAUGAUGGGGAUGGGGGUACCGGGUAUGCCCCCCUUCGGCUUGCCUCCUGCACCCCCACCUCCUCCACCCCAGAAUUAACCCUGCCACAGAAGAAUCGUCCUCCCAUGAAUUCCCCCCUCAGCACAUCGUUGUGUGCUCACAGAAAGAAUAUAACCAGUGCUUUAUUUUUUAUUGAUCCUUGAUAUUGUGAAGACAUCUGAAGGCUGUGUUGGUUCAAUUUGUAAAGUUAUGUAACUUAAUUAGUUCUUUUUCCUGUUUUUAAAGUUUGUUAACACAGAGCUUCUUGUGUGCAUACAAACACUGAUCUCAGACACACACACACACUUCUGUUCUGCAUUGCAGCCGUAGUUUGUCACGUUACUUGUAUACCAAAUAAACUGCUCAAAUAUCCACAUGUUUAAUUUCUGCUCAACAGUUAUUGCUUCAAAUCCAAACAAUGAACUAUUAUUGGGUUUAAUAUAUUGAAAUUCAAUCUGCAUGACUCACUCACUCACAAACUGAUGCUCCUGUCAUGUUCUCCACAUGGGCUUAGAGUUAAAUAAGACUAAUAUUUUUGUAAUAACAAGAUGUGAAGUGUUUCUUAGUUCUGUCAGAAACCCUUUUUGUAGUACUGUCUCAGAUUGUUUUCCAGAAAUUCCCAGGGUUUUUAUUUGUUUUUUAAAUUCUGUUACUUGCCUGCGUCUCAGUAAUGACAUAGUUACUCUUACUGGACUGCUGAGAAUCUGACGUGUCCUUGUUUUUCUGCAUCUCUCUGCUCUGAUACUGUGUGCAGUGUUUGUGUUGCUUUUUGCAAGGACAGAUCUGUCCCUCGAGUUAUUGGAGGAAAAACUGUUAGUUUUACUGUCUGUUUCUGGAAUCGGUCCGUUGUGUUAUGGCACUAGCCUGAGUGAAUAGCUGUUGAAAUCUUGCUUGGUUUAACAUUAAACUGAUCCAUUUCACCUUUC